AUGGCGGGCUCCCCGAGGCUGACCUCCGCGAGCGGCAGCCCGGGCUCCCCGGAGCUCGGCGGACCGGUGGUGCGGUGCGGCAGCCCGGCUGCGGGGGAGGCGCGGCGCGGCAGCCCGGCGGCGAGGAGGUCCGCCGGCUUACCCCAUCAGGGGCGAGCGGCGCGGCAGCCUACACUCCGAGCUCUCGUCGGCGUCGGCGGGCUCGUCCCCCGGGUGUUCGCCUCCGGCGGCGAGCCCCCUGGUAGCCCCGAGAUCCAGCGACUCCAUGGCGGCAGGGAGGUGGGGCUCGGGCCGCUCGGCGAUUCGCACGGCGGUGCGGAGGCGAGCCGGUGGCGGGGCGGCUGCGACGGCGAGGCUGCGACGGCGGGCUCCCCGAGGCUGACCUCCGCAAGCGGCAGCCCGGGCUCCCCGGAGCUUGGCGGACCGACGGUGCGGUGCGGCAGCCCGGCUGCGGGAGAGACGCGGCGCGGUAGCCCGGUGGCCGGGAGGCGCGACGGCCCGGCGGCGAGGAGGUCCGCCGGCUUACCCCAUCAGGGGCGAGCGGCGCGGCAGCCUACACUCCGAGCUCUCGCCGGCGUCGGCGGGCUCGUUCCCCGGGUGUUCGCCUCCGGCGGCGGCGAGCCCCCCUGGUAG